GCCAUAAGGCAUCCAAUCAGGGUUUGGCCACCUGCAGUCGUGCCAGUAUGCCCCUCCACCAGAUUUCUGUAAUCCCAGCCCGGGAGACUGCCAGCAAUGGGAGAAGUUCAAUGUGCAGAAACAAAGAGAAGAGCAAGGAAGUUGAGAAUUUCAGGAAUUGAAAAGGGAAAAGAGGAAGGAGACAAUGCUGGGCUGGUGUGAAGCCAUAGCCCGGAACCCUCACAGGAUCCCGAAUGCCACGCGGACACCAGAGACCUCGGCGGAUGUGGCAGAUGCCAACCAAACCUCCACACCGAAUGAAAAGUCUCCAGGGAGAUCUGCAAGUCGAUCAAGUAACAUAUCAAAAGCAAGCAGCCCAACGACAGGGACAGCUCCCAGGAGCCAGUCAAGGUUAUCCGUCUGUCCAUCUACUCAGGACAUCUGCAGAUCUUCCAUCUUGCAUGACAUGUCAGAAGACGCACUUGAGCACUACACCCCUGUCGUGGUGCUGAGCCACGCUAGAAAGGAGUCUGAUAAGAAACCAGUAAAACAGAAGCCUAGGAGGAGGAGGAGGAGGGUUUCUCAGAGGUAUGAGCAUGCAGAAGAACACGCAAAGGAGAGAAGAAAAGAUUUUCAUCUCCAGAUCUCCAGUCCCAGGUGGAAAGAACUUUCUACGGAGACUUCAGAUUCAUCUUCCACAGAUGAGAGUCACUGGGUUCAGGCAAAAAGACAAGCCCAGGUUAAAUUCAGACUGUCUCGAAGGAGGAGAAAUAAUAGUAAGCCGUGUGGAAGCUUGGCUGGGUCUUCCACACCUGACAGAGUUGACCUGGUUGAUCUGGGAUCCAAAGGUGAAAAACACCAAGAGCUGAUGGAAUGUGCAAGUCAUUCUUUAAGCAUCUGUAGAGGAAAAGUCAUAAGGUACCAAGAAUGCAGUCCUCCCCUGCCAAGGGGGUCUUUGGUGGAGAAAAGACCCCCAGGGAGUCAUUCAGGGAGUAAAGGCAGAUACUGCUACAGAGAUCCUCAGUUCUUGCUCACACUUAGGCAAAAAGAAACAAUCAAGGAAAGAUUUUCAGAAACCGAUUCCAAUACUGAAAUCCUGGCAGCUGCAGAAGGGGGCCAGUGUGUGGAUGACGCAGGGCUCCAGCUGGAUACCUCUGCUCUGAAGCCUCCUGAUGCUUGUGAUGAUGAUGGCUCUGAUAAUUUUGAAGUGUGCAGGAUCUGCCACUGCGAAGGAGACGAAGAGAGCCCACUCAUCACACCCUGUCGCUGCACGGGAACCUUGCGGUUUGUCCACCAGUCCUGUCUCCACCAGUGGAUCAAGAGCUCAGACACACGAUGCUGCGAGCUCUGCAAGUACGACUUCAUAAUGGAGACCAAGCUCAAGCCCCUUCGGAAGUGGGAGAAGCUCCAGAUGACCACAAGUGAAAGAAGAAAGAUAUUCUGCUCUGUCACCUUCCACGUCAUCGCCGUCACCUGCGUGGUGUGGUCUCUGUAUGUGUUGAUAGAUCGGACAGCAGAGGAGAUCAAGCAAGGUAACAACAACGGUGUGCUGGAAUGGCCAUUUUGGACAAAACUGGUUGUGGUGGCCAUUGGCUUCACGGGAGGUCUUGUCUUCAUGUAUGUACAGUGUAAAGUUUACGUUCAACUGUGGCGAAGGCUGAAGGCCUACAACCGUGUGAUCUUCGUGCAGAACUGCCCAGACACUGCCAACAAACUGGAGAAGAACUUCUCCUGUAAUGUGAACACGGAAAUCAAGGAUGCUGUGGUGGUGCCUGUGCCACAGACGGGGUCAAACACACUGCCGCCUGCAGAGGGCGCCCCGCCUGAAGUUAUACCGGUCUGAUGGAACUUGAGGGGAACUCCUUCACGAGAGGAUCUUUGCAGGCCCAGCCACUACAAACAGAAGUGCUUCUGCACUGUGGCUUCCUUAUCUUCUCCUUUUCCCUACUGACUUGUUUGUCCUGACUUGGAGCAAAGAGGAAAUGAGGAGAAAAUACCAAGUGACCAGGAUCCCAAGAAGCAGAGCUGACGAUGGGGCCUGGAAAGGUGAAGUGUCUAAGGGAGUGAGUUCAUAAGCAACG